AUGGCGAAGGCGUUCGAGACCGCCGCGAGCGCGGGCGCGCGCGGCGGCGCGAUGCCGAAGCCGGGGACGCGACUCAUCGCGCGACGAGCGUCGCUCUCGCCGCUGAAGAACGAACCACCCGCGACCACCGUCGAGCCGCCGCCGCCGCCGCCCGCCGUCGACGCCACCGCCGCGGACGCGCUCGCGCGGAUCGCGGCGUUAGAGCGCACGGUACAGGAACAGCGCGACGUCAUAGCGUCGACGACGUCGGAGCGCGCGGCGGUGCGCGCGCAUCGCGCAUCGCGCGGCGGCGGCGGCGGCGGCGGCGGAGGCGGGGGAGACGGCGCCGGCGCCGGCGCCGACCGCGACCGCGACCGUUCGUCUUCCAAACGCCGCGCCUCCUCGCACCGCGCCGCGGCGGCGGCGGCGGUGGAUAUCAACCGUCGCGACGACGACCGCGCGCGCGACGUCUACGCGCACGUCGGAGCGCUCGCCGAGCGCGUUGCCGCGUUGGAAAGAGCGAACGAGGACGCGGAACGCCGCGCGUCCGGGUGGGCGGACGCCGCGUCGAUCGCCACCUCGCGCGCGGUGUUGCUCGAGGACGCCGUGGAGUCGCUGUCGCGGCGGUUGAACGCGCGCGUGGACGACGCGGCGGAGGCGGCACAUGCGGCGGCGGCGGCGGCGGCGAGACUGGAAAACCGCGCCGCGGCGGAAUCCGGCGACGCGACGCGACGCGUCGCGGCGGCGAUCGAAGCGCUCGACGCGCGCGUCGCGACGCGGAUAUCGACCGUCGCGGACGCGGUGGAAGACGAACGGUCGCGCGCGAGGGAGGCGGUCAUCGCGCUGCGCGCGCGCGUCGAGGCUGCAGAGUCGGCGACGGCGGCGUUUGCGGCGGCGGCGGCGACGGCGGACGACUCGGCAAAAAAAAACGCUCAAACCGCCGCGGAGGCGGUCCGCGACGAGAUGGCCGCCACCGCGCGCCGCGAGCUUCAGCGCACUCGCGACGACGCGAGGGAGGAGUGGGCGAAGGACCAGGCCGCGGUCGCGGAGGCGCUCAACGCCGCCAUCGCGCGCCUCGCGGAGAAGGUGGACGCGAGGACGGCGGCGGCGGCGACCGCCGCGGAGAGCGCCGCCGCGGAAGCGACGACGGCGACGACGGAGCUCUCCAAGGCGCGCAUAAAACUCACCGCGGUCGAGGAGAAGCUCAAAGCGCGCGUCGCCGCGGAGGAGGGCCACGAGCUCGCGGCGAACGAGGCGUGGAUGCGCGUCGUCCGCGCGGAGAAGCGCGCCGCCGUGAUCGAGGCGCGGUGCGCGGAGACGGAAGCGCGCGUCGCCGACGCGAGGCGAGCCGCGGAGCUCGCGCUCGAGUGCGCGCGGGAGUGCGCCGACGGCGUCAACGUCGCGGAGCGCGUGCUGGCGGACGCGGGCGACGCGGUCGCGGCGUCGGCAAAGGCGGUCGCGAGCGCCGAGGCGCUCGAGCGACGCGUCGCCGAGGGCGAGGCGCGCGCGUCGACGCGCGCGACGCUCGUCGAGACCGCCGUCGCGGACGCGAUCGACGCGGUCGCCGAUCAGCUCGGCGCGUUCAAAGCGGACGUCGCGGUGAAGAUGGACGGCGCCGAGGCGGCGACCGCGAAGGCGGCGGCGCUCGCGGAGAGGAUCUCGUCCGACGCGGCGGCGUGCGCGGCGGACGCGGCGGCGGCGCGCGAACACGCGACGGUCGCCGCGGAGGCGUCGACGGACAUGUCCGCCGCGACGACGACGUCGUUGACCGCGUCCGAGCGAUGCGAGCGUUUGACCGUCCGCGCGGAGGCGGCCGCGGUCAACGCGCACGCGGUCGCGGUCGCGGCGGUGAAGGACUCGGACGCGUUCACGCGCGCGACGCGAUCGGCGAUCGACGCGAUGACGGUGCGCGUCGCCGCCGCGAAGGAAGCGGCGAGGGAGGCGAUCGAGCAGAGCGAGGACGUCGCGACGCUGACGCGCGUGGCCGUGAGGGACGCGAUCGCGGGGAUACGAACCGACGCGGUCGGCGUCGUCGUGGACGCGAAGCGGCAGACCGCGGCGUUCGACGGCGCGUUUCGAGCCGCGGCGGCGGAUCGCGCGAGGGCCAUCGCGGCGUUGAAGAGCGCGGAGACGAUGCAGCGAAAAGUCGCGGCGAUGAUCGAGACCAAGGCGGACGAGGAAAAGAGACGCAGAGAGCUCGAGGACGCGUUAGCGACCGCGGAGGCGAGUCGCAGAGAGAUCGCGACGUCGCCGAUGCCGUGGCGCGGUAACAGCGGUGACACUUGUAACGGCUACGACGCGGCGGUUACGCCGUCGCCGUCGUCGAAGCGCGCGGAGAGCGAGCUUCGAAGCGUCGGCCGGACGCUGCGCGAGAAGAGCGCGGAGGUGGAGGCGCUCCGGGCGCAGCUCGAGGCGGCGAACGCGACGGGAAAUGGAGGGUUCAACGCGUUUUCGGUCGCGUGGAACGGGUUCAAAGGAACCUCGCGGCGAGGGUCGAGGUUCGGUUUCGCGGUCGACGAAGGCGCGGUCGACGACGCCGCCGCCGCCGCCACCCCGACACCCCGGGAGAGGAGUCCCUCCGCGGCGGCGUGGGACUGGGAGUCGCCCGUGAUCGCCGCGGUGGACCGCCUCACGCGCGCGACGCCGACGCCGCCGCCGCCGCCGCGGAGCCCGCCGCGGGGGACAUGGAAGCUGUCGGAGAUGUCGGAAACGUCCGACGCCAUCGCGCGUCGGAUCGACCGGAGAGCCGCGUCGGCGAUGCGCGCGAUGCGAUCGCCCGGGGACUGCCGGAGCGACGCGGUCG